AUGGAGCCCCGCGCGAGAUUCUGUCGAGGGAUGGAGACGACGUGCCGUUCCCGCGCGCACCAACAUUUCGGCUGGAUGAUCGGCGGUUUCGUGACCUGGUGGUACAACGGCGUGCCGCCACCUUCGGAUGCGACGAAUAACGGGCAGAAGGGCGCGAAGCCGAUCAACUCGAUGGAGGCCACCAAGGACGAGUCGACAACGUCGAAGGAGUCGCCCCCGCAAAGUGCCACAUCAAGCAAGCGAUCCGGGGCCAAGAGCAAGGGAUCGAAGAGCAAUGGAUCCUCGAAGAAGAAGAAAAAGAAGACGAAGCUCCGCAAGGGGUACCAGCGGUUCCGGACGCCGCAUCAGAGCUCCAAGGAGGAUGCCCGCGUGGUGAAGGAGGCGAUGGAAAAUGGAGGGGACACGGACACGUCUCGGCCCAUCUCUGAUACCCCAUCAAAGGAUGUGAAGGAGGCUGUGGCAUUGGUGGAUGAGGCUGAGGUGUCAACGGCUCGCGGUCUCUUCGAUGGGCCACCGUCUGAAAUGGCCGAUUGCCCCGAUUCCGAGGAGAUGAGGCGUUCGGCGAAUGGCCAGCCGACGGACAAGCCUCACGACACCGAUCACCCCGACGCCGCCCGAGAAGAGCCGCCGAACGGGCCG